AUGGAGUCAAAGAAUUCAACUUCACCAAUGCAAUUUAUUCUGCUGGGACUCCUGCACCACACCAAUAUGCACACCUUUUUCCUUGCCCUGAUUUGGCUUGCCUUGGUUACCGCCGUGUCUGGGAAUACUCUCCUCCUCGUUCUAAUCCAGGUAGACUCCUCCCUUCGCACCCCCAUGUACUUCUUCCUCAGUCAACUGGCCGUCAUGGACAUCUGUGAGAUCCUGACUGUUGUCCCCAAAAUGGUAGCAGACUUUCUCACCCCAGGCAACCCCAUUUCUCUGGUUGCCUGUUGGGCUCAGAUUUUCCUUGUGGUGAUGAUGGGUGGAGCUGAGUGCCUCCUUCUGGCAGUCAUGGCUUAUGACAGGUAUGUAGCUAUUUGCAAUCCCUUGCAAUACCCCAUCCUCCUGAGCAGGAGAGUCUGCCUGGGCCUGGCAGCUGGGGCCUGGGUUGGGGCAGCUGCAGAUGCCUUGAUCCAUUCAGUUUAUGCCAUACAUCUGCCCUACUGUGGUUCCAAAGAUAUCGACCAAUUCUUUUGUGAAGUCCAAUCCCUGCUGAAACUGUCCUGCUCUGACACCUCUCAAUAUGAGACUCUGGUAUUUGUGAGUGGCAUUGUGCUGCUCCUCAUCCCUUCUUCCAUCAUCCUAGCAUCCUACACCUGCAUCCUUGCUACGGUCCUGAGGAUGAAGUCAACCAAAGGACAGCAGAAAGCUCUGGCCACUUGCUCAUCACAUCUUACUGCGGUGGGCAUGUUCUAUGGUGCUGCCAUCUUUAUGUACCUGAGGCCCAAAGUCCCUCAUUCACCUGAACAAGACAAGAUGGCCCCUGUGUUUUACACCAUUGUCACCCCGGUGCUGAAUCCACUGAUCUACAGCCUGAGAAACAGGGAUGUCUUGGGAGCCCUAAGGAAGCUGGUUAUGAAAUGCAGAGUUCUCCAGCAAAACUGA